UUUGUGUAUACCAGAAGGUACCGCACUUGCUCAGUUACGGCGUUACUCUCUCUCUCUAUAUAUAUACACGACUCAAUUGACGUUGGUAUGCAGAUGUAAGCGCGCCGUAUCGAUCGCGUGUUGAUGUAAGAUGCAACAGGUGGUGUGAGUAUCCGAGUUCAAUACACGGUGUGACUCAGGGCACACUGGUAGCGGCGAGUUGAUCCACUUUGCAAGUCUCCAGCCAAUAUGACCAACAUGACCCAGUGUACGGUUUUCGACUACCUUCUUGAAAGUGGCGCAGCAAUACUCACAGGGGGCGUGGAUCUGCUCGAGAACCCGAUCCUGAUAAUCCGGCCGGGGCGCGUUCAGCAGUGCGAGCUCGUGACGUUGUUGCUGCACUAUCUGAAGACGAUGUCGUUGUCGCUAACGUCACCGCCCACAGUCACGUGUGUCGCCGACCUCCAGGCCACCGGCAAGAACGACAUCAUCGACUUCGUGGAGGCGCUGGAGGCCGUCGAAACACCAGUGAGAGGUCGAAUCACAGCUCUGUAUCUGCUGAAACCCAAGGUCAAGGACAGGAGUCAGCUACUGAAGAAGUUACUGGGAUUGAAGACGAGCAAGACCUACCACAAGUCUCAGAUCUUUAAGGUUUUCCUCGUGAAGAGUCGCCGAGAGCUUCACAAAUAUAUCGAGAUCAGUGAGCUUCCAGAGGAACUUGGUGGACUCCUACACUACGACCACCAGGCCUGGCUUUACUUCUACAAGACAGUGACACCAUGUAUCCAGGCGGUCAGUGAGCUGGUCACUUCUCUCCCCGAGAUCCGCGACCGAGUGGACCUGCUCCAGGAGUACGACCUGUCUGGUCGCAGUUCUACAGAUCUGACCAGUCUCAGACAGGAGCUGCUCCACAAAUACCAGACGCUGAUCAGAGAAGCUCGACUGACGGACAUCGUGGACCAGUGUAAGCAGACGAUGCACUUCCUGGAGAGCCCGGAUGACCCGAGUCUGAGUCUCGUUCACCGCAGACUGGUGAAGGAGGCUGCGCACUGCCUGCGCACGAGCUUCGUGCAGAUCAAGGAGUACCAGACGGAGAUCGAGACUCUGUGGGACAGGGCAAACGACCGACUGGUCACAGCGCAGAGGAUCGAGAAGUGCAAAGAGCUGGCCAACGAGAUGGAGGAGACGAUCGCGAUCAAGUACAGACCUCAGCUGAAGGAACAUCCGGCCAUCGGCAAGACUCUCAGUCAGGCGGAACUCUACCGAGCGCACUUCACAGCCGCCAUUUACGAGCCGUCCAAGGAUUUGUUGAACACUGCGACGGAAACUCUCGAAGUCUUAAGUAAGCUGUCUGCAGAUAGCCCGGAAGUUGUCGCUAGCAUCGCUGACGUCACACAACAACUUUCGCGCGCAGUGCACCCGUUCACCGACCAGCUGCAGGAAAUACAGACCACGUACAUCGCCGUACACGUCUUCCACAUCCUGCUUAGCAAGUCAGUACACUGGUAUAAGAAAGUUCUGAAGUUCCUGCCAGAAUCUCUGAGGCAUCACGUGACCCAGCGCGCGCACAACAAGCUGAUAGCCACGCCCCGCGAGUGGAAGCUUACGGUGAAGACGUUCCUGGACAAACAUCCCUCCCCUCGCGAAGAGCAUCUCAUCAGAAUGGACUCGGACAUUCCUCACCAGAUCCACCGGUCUCUCAAACAACAGGCUCACACCGUCGCACUGCGCAUUCGGUUUUUAAAUCGCCUUCUGAGAAGCAAGUGUCUGCCCGUGAAGCUGAUUCUGGCAGCGUUUAAAUGGAAAGACGAAAUCACCAGUCGCCAAGGUUCCCAGUUUAGCAGAUACCACACGUCCAAGUCAGGACAUCGCCUCAGGAGAAACAGUCAAAAAAGAAAGGCAACAAAACGACAGACUAGUUCGACUGCUGGCGAUAUUGGCGCAGUUGAUGGGCAGCACAACUCAUCACUGGGCACCAACAGGAAAUACCGAGACUCUUCUUCGUGGAACACUGCUGAUGAUGACAAACUUGACCUUGAAAACCUUUCAGAAAGGUAUCAAAAAAACUGGGAGGAUUUAGCGUCUGCGCGACAGCUGGAGAGAUUCACAAACGGACAGAACAAUCCAGUGACGCAAUCAGUGACGUCGUACAGCGCUAAUCAGAACGAAGGUAAUGAACUGGAGACUGUGUACGCCUGUUCCUCGAGGUCGCUUCAUUCCGCCCAGGAUGAACGAAGUCACAAUUUCCCAUCACCAAGAUCGCCUCUCUCGCCUACAGAACGAUUUGUGAAUCUGACUUUGACUGCCAACAACAACAACAGAGAGGAAACCCGCCGCGUGUUCUCGCUGGACGGCUCGUCGCUGUACGACGCGGGGUCGGAGUCCGGGAUUGAGGUGGCCGAGCGCGAGGACCCGUGCGACUCGCUCAUGAAGAAGAUCCGCGCCGUCUCCACGAGUCGUCUGCCCAGCGACCUCAAACUGAAGUACGUCUCAGAACUCAUCUCGUGCAGCCUGACGUCAAGUCGCCAUCACGUGACCAACACGGCGGACUCCUCGAUGUCUGACCACGAGGGAUACCGCAGACCGUAUUUAUCUAAGAACAGCGGUAACCAUAACAACACGUUAAACAAUCUCGGCCAGGUCUCGACAAUGAGACAAAAUCUUGCCCACUCUAUGGAUAAUCUGAAUCAUUCGGACGCCGAUGUGAUGAGUCUACCUCCAAUGCGAGGCUCGUCUCUACGUGACGUAUCAACCUUCUCAAACGAGAGACGUCCCAGCCGCCAGUUUGACAAGUCCCUCAUGUGCAGUUUCAGACCAGAAGACAUCAGCCUCGUUUUGGAGGAUGUUUCCGGUGACGUCACUAACCUCGGGUCACAGUACAAGUCUCUAAACAGUCUGGGGAGCCUCACAGACAGAAGCGGGUAUUCUGGCAGACGAUCGCUGUCCCUGGACGACCUACUCGACGAGAGUUUCUCUCUGAGUCAGGCGUCAUGGGCCGCGGCCGACCUGGACGCGGCGAGUAGCGUCAUGGACAUCAUAGACUGGUCCGCGGUCGAAGACAGAGACUCGGUGUCGUCGCUCAGUCUACAGGCCGAUCUCAGCAGACUGAAGCAGUGUCAAGAACACAGGCUGGCCGAAGUGGCUGAGCUGUCGGAGGAACAAGGCCGCUACAACGACAUCGAGCUGACCGCCGAGUCUGUGAACCAGGACGACGUCGAGAUGAGUCUGAUGAGGUCGGAGACCAUCCUUCAGGAGGAAGAAGCUACAUUGCACGAGCGCAUGCACAGGAUGUCAUUAUCCAACUCAGAGACGCACGUGCUGCCAAUGAGACUCAAGAAAUCAGAUUCACGUGAUCAGGGAUACGACAGCCCUUCGAGCAUGCGCACUGGAGCCAGUGAAUGUGCUGCCUUUGAUGGUCCUGACUUUUACUGACUGUGAUGUCCCAGUUCAUAAGCGAACACUGCGCAUGACAUACCGCAGACGACAAACUAUCUGGAUUAAUCCGGUCGGCAAAGACGUUAUCGCAUUUAAAAUCGUACCUCUUUACCAGGGAGUCCAAAAGAAGUCGCUAUCAAACAGAUGCAGCAUCUCAAACUGUCACACGCACCCUUGAAUGUCUUCUCAAUCAAAAGGUGGACAGGACGUAGCCCAGUGUUAAAGCACUCACAUGGUACGCGGUCUGUCUGGGAUUGAUACCCGUUGGUGGGCCGAUUGGGCUAUUUCUCGUUCCAGCCAGUGCUUCGCAACUGGUUUAAUAAAGACUGCGGUAUGUACUAUCCUGCUUGUGGCAUGGUGCAUACAAAGGUCCCUUGCUGCAAAUUGAAAAGAACAGCCUAUGGCGGGUGUCCUCUCUCGUUAUGUUUGUAGUUGUUAACAAUAUGUCCAACGCCACAUAACUGUAAAUAAAAAUGUGUUUAGUUCAUUGUUAAUUAAAACAUUAUUUCCUUUUCCUUCCCCAGACACUGGACCCCCAACUCUGAAACU